AUGUCUUCCGCCGAUCCUCCAAAGGAAGAGCAGCAAACAGCCAAUUCAGAACUACCAGCCGAUGUAUCUUCUCAAGAUCAACUAGCAGAUCUGAUAGCGAAAGCAACUGCCCAAUAUGCAGUGAAACACUACUCUGAGGCCGCCGAAUUAUUCUCACAAGCCGCGGAACUGCAGACUGAACUCAAUGGAGAAAUGGCACCAGAGAACGCCGACCUACUUUAUUCCUACGGAAAGUGUUUGUACUUUCUCGCGCAACAGACAAGUUCGGUACUAGGAGGCACCGCAGCGACGGCACAACUGUCAUCAAGUAAAGAGAAAAAGCCACCAAAGAAGAGAAAGGCAAAUGGGACUGCACAAGCUGGGUCGUCUACAAACGGCCAAAGCUCCAGUAAUGGCGCUGCAAAAUCAGCUGACACAAUCCCAAAUGUUGGUGAUGUUAUACCCGAGUCCGAAGUGAAGACGGCGGAUAAUACCGAAGAAAAGUCUGACAAGCCCUAUUUCCAAAUUGAAGGCGAUGCUGAAGGAUGGAAUGAUUCAGACGAGGAUGAGGAAGAGAAUGACCCAGAUGCUGAAGAAGAAGAAGAAGAAGAGGACGAUUUUGCAACUGCAUAUGAACUUCUUGAUCUAGCACGCGUCCUCUACUUGAAGAAGCUGGACCAAGCUGAAGACUCGGCAUUGAAAGACUCCGACAAGGGCAAAUAUGUUGCUUCAAUAGAUCUGACUCCUGAAGUCAAGGAACUGAAGGGCAAAGUCGCUGAUAUCUACGAUCUACAAGCUGAGGUGAACCUGGAAGGCGAGAAAUACGCUGCCUCGGUUGCUGACUUGCAAGCAUGCCUGGCAUUGAGAGAGGAGCUCGAGCCCCCGGAGUCUAGCAUUCUGGCCGAGUGUCACUACAAAUUGAGUCUGGGUCUCGAGUUCAGUUCUCAGUCGCAACAACGUGAUCAGGAUGGCAACCCGGUUGGCGAUAUCACUAUCGACUGGGAUAUUCGCAAUGAGGCUGUCACCCAACAGGAGAAAGCAAUCGAGAGCUGCAAGGUGCGAGUCGCAAAGGAAACGAAGGCAUUUGAAGCUAUGGAAGCUGGCCCACAGAAGGACAAAGCCAUGGCCCAAGUCGAGGAUGUUCAGGAGAUGAUAGGAGAAAUGGAGCUUCGAUUGGCAGAACUUCGGAAACCACCCGUCAAUGUAAAGGCUGAGACCGAGGAGCAAAUGGUGAAAGAACAGAUCUCCGGUGUUCUUGGAAGUCUGCUCGGCAGCGGAGCAACCGAAGAGCAGAAGAAGGAGAAGCUGGCUCAAGUCUCAGAAACCGCAAAUGACCUUAGCGGACUGGUGAAGAGGAAGAAGCCCAAGGCAACACAAUCCACUGGUGGUGAUAGCGGGUUCGGAUCAGCAGUGUCGACUCCAGCAGCGGCAUCUACACAGGCGCAGGGAUCUAGCAGCGGUGUUUCAAAAACAAACAAACGAAAAGUCAACUUCGCCGAUGAUAUUGGAGAUGAUCAAACUGGCAAGAAAGCUAAAGUGGAGGAUGCAGAGGAUUCGGGUCUAUGA